AUGACUGUUGAACAGCUCACCGCAACAGCAAGCUCCCUCUCUCUUGAUGGGCGCAAAAUUGUUGGCAAUCUUGCAUGCCAGCAUGACACCUAUGCAACGCACAUGACCUCAACUGUGUGCCAAUGCGACAAGGUCAAAAAGGCAAAGCCUGAUGAAGCAUGCGAAGUUCAGCUGAUGGACACAAUCUUGUUUCCUGAAGGAGGUGGUCAGCCUUUUGAUACUGGGCUGUUGAAGACGUCCACAGACUCGUAUCGUGUGAAUCGUGUCAUGCGACGUGGCCUACAGGCUAUCCACUACACGGCAAAGCCCAUCUCGGUAGGCGAAACGGUUGAUAUUGAGGUCGAUUGGCCCAGACGAUGGGACCAUGCGCAGCAGCACUCCGGGCAGCAUCUCGUUUCUGCAGUCUUGGACAUGCUUGAGAUACCGACCCUGGCAUGGAGUAUGACUCCUGAAUGGUGCUAUGUCGAAGUUGCCACCUUGCCGAAGGACUUCCGCUGGGUCGAGGAUAAGUGCAAUGAAAUCAUACGGCAGAAUCUACCCAUCACGGUACAUGAGACAAAGGAGAAGCCAGCAAAUUUGCCGGACGAUUACGAUGCUUCUGCGGGCGUUGUUCGCAUUGUCUCCAUCGGUGGUAUUGAUCAGAACCCGUGCUGUGGUACACAUGUUCGGAGUACUUCAGAGCUCAAUGCUAUCACAAUCCUCCACACAUCAGGCAUCAGGGGAACAAACUUUCGCAUUCACUUUGUGUGUGGCGAUCGCUGCCGAAAGAUGCUAAGUGAGAGUCACGCACAGGCUCGGACCCUUGGUGCUCAACUCAGCUGCCAGAGCCAUGACUUGCCAGACAAGGUCACACUUUUACAGACGCAGUUGCGAGAUGCUCUGAGACGGGAGAGGGGCCUCAAAGCUGAAGUCGUCACAAUGGAAAGCACGCGAAUGGCCGAAGAGCUCCAGCAAGUUGGCAAGAGCUUCAUGUACCGCGAGAAUGCUGAUGUGGAGUUUCUCAAUAGCGUGCUCAAUGCACUUCCAAAGGACUUUGUUGGUGCGUGUAUAUUGGUUGCAGGCAACAAGGCAAGCGGUGGGCAGGUUCUCAUUGCUAGCAAUGAUUCCGAGCGGCUAAAAGCGCUUGGCGAAGCAGCCAAACAACGUGUGCCAACACUGAAGGGCGGAGGACGCGCAACUCGCUUCCAGGGCAAGGUGCCGUCACUCUUGCCAAAGGAUGUCGAAGAGCUGGCUUUGAUUUUGUAG